UUUUGCGAGUUGUUCUUAGGCUGUAAGGGGGGGUUUUGAGUUUUGACCAAAGGCUCAUUUCUCCUGUGGUCUUUUCCAUUUCAAUUUGGUGGGGGAGAAGACAGAAGGUCAACAGUAACAACAAUUACCCAUUGAUUGAAAAUUCCCUGAUCUUCCUACAGGUUUCUGGUACUUGAUGACCGAAAGGAAAGGACUCCUUCCUUAGGAAGUGGGUGGAUUGUUGCGCCCAAUACUUUUGUGCUAGAAUUGGGUGUCCUGAUUGUUAUCCGUAGCCAACCAACAUAAUCAAUUGGGGGUGAACACUGAGAGCCACAUUGGAAGUUAUGGAAUGCAACAGAGAUGAGGCUCUCAGGGCGAAAACAAUUGCUGAGGGAAAGUUAGCAGAGAAAGAUUUUGUUGCUGCGAAGAAAUUUGCCUUGAAAGCCCAAACUUUAUAUCCUGGGCUUGAGGGUAUCCCCCAAAUGUUGACUACACUUGAUGUGUAUAUCUCAGCAGAGAAUAAAAUAAGUGGAGAAGUGGACUGGUAUGGGAUUCUUGGUGUAAAUCCCAUGGCUGAUGAUGAAACAGUGAGGAAACAGUACAGGAAGUUGGCUCUCGUGCUUCACCCUGAUAAAAACAAAUCUGUUGGAGCUGAUGGUGCAUUCAAGCUUCUUUCCGAGGCCUGGAGUUUGUUAUCUGAUAAGGCUAAGAGGUUAGCAUAUAACCAGAGGAGGAGCUCAAGAGGAUUGCAACAGAAGGUUCCAACACAAAGUGCGGGUCCAUCAGCACCGCCUAGUGCGAAUGGAUAUCAUAAUUUUAAAGCCAAGGCGAGUUCAAAUCCAAAGACUCAGAACAGUAGUGCUCGGGCGCAUCCCACCGCAGUUCCUCCUCCAUCCUAUGGAAGAAGCGAUACUUUUUGGACUAUUUGCAAUAAAUGCAAGAUGCAUUAUGAAUAUCUUAAGGUAUACAUCAACCAUACUCUCCUUUGCCCCAAUUGUCAUGAGGCUUUUCUCGCAUCAGAGAUGGCUCCACCUUUCAGUUUUUCUAAGUCAUCGAAUUCGGCUUCUCGCCAAGUGCAUCAGAAUUCAAGCAAUCACACAUCUAGAAGUCAUCCAUUUGAUUCCGGAAGAAAUUCUGUAGCUGCUCAAAAAGCAGGACCAGGGGGGUCAGCAGGUGUUAAUUCUUUUCACCACCGGAACAUCCAACAGGGUCCGUUCUCUAGAACAACUGGUUUUGGUAACAUGGAACCUUCCAUUGCGGCAAAAGCAGCCCAUGUUGUUCAGCAGGCAAAUGAAAGAUUGAAGAGAGAACGUCAGGAGACACAGGCUACUGCAGAGUGGGAGACACAUUCGAAAAAGAGAAGCAUACUGGAUGAACAUGGAAACUUGGCAUAUCAAACGGCCAUGGGAACUGGUCAUGUUGGCACAGGAAGUGUAUCUGGAGAUGGGGUCUACGGUUUUCGUGGUAUAAAUAAUAAGCCUAACAGCACUAGAGAGUUGACACCGUUUGAGAUCCGAAACAUGUUGAUGGAGAAGGCUCGGACAGAGAUCUGCAAGAAGUUGACUCAAUGGAGAUCAGAAAAUGCAGCUGCAGAGACGGAGAAAAAGAAGGCGAAAGAGAGCAAGAAAGAAAAAGAAAAACGUUCCCUAAAAGGUCCUGCACAUGAUCCGAAUGGGACUGGCGUGUCUUUUGCUACCAAGACAGGAGACCAAGCCAAUAAGAGUGUCCAUAGAGCUACUGCUGAUGGUAAAAAUACAGAGGACCUUGCACCAGUGUCAAUGAAUGUUCCAGAUCCCGAUUUUCAUGAUUUUGACCUGGAUCGGACAGAAAGUUCUUUUGAAGAUAACCAGGUUUGGGCUGCAUAUGAUGAUGAUGAUGGCAUGCCGCGUUUCUAUGCUAUGGUUCAUAACGUUAUAUCUAGGAAACCAUUUAAGAUGAGAAUCAGUUGGCUUAAUUCAAAAACCAACAGUGAAUUUGGUCCAGCAGAUUGGGUAGGUUCUGGUUUCUAUAAAACCUGUGGGGAAUUCAGGGUUGGUAAACAUGAAAUUUAUAUGUCUUUAAAUUGUUUCUCGCAAAGGGUUAAAUGGACAAAAGGUGCUCGAGGGACUGUUCACAUAUAUCCCCAAAAGGGGGAUGUGUGGGCUCUCUAUCGGAAUUGGUCCCGUGAUUGGAAUGAGCGUACCCCAGAUGAAGUGAUACACAAGUAUGACAUGGUGGAAGUGCUUGAUGACUACCAAGAGGAACAAGGUGUUUCUGUUACUCCUCUUAUAAAGGUUGCUGGAUACAGGACAGUAUUUCAUCCGGAUCUGGACCCUGAUAAAGCAAGGAGAAUUCCAAAAGAAGAAAUGUUCCGAUUCUCACAUCAGGUCCCAAAGUACUUCCUUACAGGUCAAGAAGCUGAAAAUGCUCCAAAGGGUUUCCAGGAGCUGGACCCAGCAGCUACACCUUUGGAACUUCUACAGGUAAAAUUGGAAACUAAUGAGUUGACAGCAAAGCAGAAUGGUGGAAAGGUUGAGGACGAAGAAAUUAAGGUUGGUGGGAUAUUUGGUGCUGCUGCGUUGCCAAAGGAGGAAGACAUAGCCGACAAUGGUGAACAAAGCAAGGAGGUGGACACCACAGGCUUUCCAAAAUAGGCAAGGAAGCAGCAAUAGUAGAUAGCGUGGAAACAGCUAAAGCAAAAUGUGGAUAUUGCUAACGAUACAGCAAUUAGUUGACGUUUGGGUAUACAGGCCUGACUAUUUUCGAGAAGAUCUUCAUUUUGGUGUAAAUGUUGAAUCGAAAUGGAUAUUAAUGUUCUUGGAUUAGAACUUUUGUAACGUUGGGCCAGUGCUAAAACUUUCACUACCCAGUUUUGGCAGCAAAUUGAGGUUAGUUGGGAAGAGAAGGUAGUACAUGGUUGUUGUUCCUUAUAACUUCAAAGGCAAAUGCCUCCCCACUUGCUGGAUAGGCUUCCGAGAUUACAGCUGUAUACUUCUGUUCCUGCUGGAUCCUUUGAUCAGUUUCCUUUUCCCAUAGCAAGUAAAUUGCAACCUUUAGAUCUCUAUGUCCAUCUCAGAAUGGCCUUUCUCCUUGCAAUCUUAAAAUGGGUGACAAUUUUCAGCUUUUGUUUAAAACUUGCUUCUUGGUGGCAUCAUUAUGUUAUAGAUUGGAAUAU